CUUUUCUGUCUUUUCAUUGGUUGGCAAUGCUGGCAGUCUCCAUUCUUCCGGCUUUAUCGUUCGGUUUGUUGUGAGAGUUCCUGACUUUUGAGUGAUUGACACUUGAGUUGCUGCGAGUAACCAGACGAAAUAUGUCCGGACCUCAUGACCCAAGAAGGAAAGGACGCCCCCCCAAAAUAUUCUUACUGUCGACCGAACAACGACUCCAGGUGCAUUCGGAAGGUACCAUUGUGCUUCCGCGGGGGGUCAUGUGCUUGGACAGGCAAUCGAGUCGGAGUACUGUUGAUUUUCUAUAUGUCAAGGUGCUGGAACUUGACAGAUUCGUACAUCUGGACAAAAGGAUGCUGCUUGAAGUUCCAACUGACUGUGUCGGCCUGUUGGAGCCUGUGGUCCCAGAGGCUCGCCUGGAACUACUACGCAAUCGUGAGAACCUGUACGAAUUGGCCAACUUGCCCGUUGGCACGCUCCUGUGGGUCCUAAUGGACCAAGCGGACGAACUCUCGGAGGCCGAACUCAAAUAUGUCGGGCCGCUGACGGAAGGGAGCAGACCUCAGUAUUUUGGGGUGCAACUCAAGGGCUCCGCGGUGGGCAAAGGCAAGGGCACUGGCAGCGGACACUUCAACUGCCCUGACGGCUCCGCUGCCUUCUUGCCCGUCAGCCACAUCAAGGUCAGACACUGGUCCAGCGGCAACGAGGCGGACGGCCUAGAAAGGAAGAAGCCCCCCCGUCGCAGCACCGUCCGCAACCUUCACAACGACAGUCGCCCCACACACGUCCAGCCGCCCGACGGCGUCCACCUGCCUCUGGCCUCAAUUCCCACUCACUCUCAGAAUUCCAGCGGAUCGGACGAGCAGGCGCCUACCAGAACUCAUCAUCCGACUCCCCUGCCAUUCGAUGUAGGUCAGCGGGUCACCGUGGAUAGUUUGGCCGUGAGUGGAGAGGUGCGCUUCUGUGGGCCGCUACCCCGUCAGCCCUCGUAUUCGAUAUACGUGGGCAUCUUGCUGGACACUCCCACCGGCAACUGGGACGGCCUUUACAGGGGAGAGAAGCUCUGCCAAAUUCCUUCUGCCCUGUAUGGAAAACUGGUGCUGUCCUCAAAAGUGUCCCCAGAGUCGCCGCAUGGCGCCAUCCCUCCCGCCCAAGUCCUCAAAUCCAUCACAAAGACUUCGCCACCUGCCGCCAAACUGCCCACUGCGUUGGCACCCACCUCCGCCUCCAAAGUGGCCCUGUUGCCUCCCGCCGUAAAACCCUUUAAAUCCGUUCCUCCUCUCCCACCACCAAAGCCGGCCUAUGAUUCCCUGCCCCGGCUCCCGCCACCGCAGCCGCCUCCCAAACCCUUCGACGUGGCGGUGGCACCGCGCGCAAACGGCAUGCACGCGCCGCCCUCGCCGCCCAUUUCGCCAGAUGUGGACCGAGAAGAGGCCGUGGAUGAUAGGGAAGUCCUGGAGGUGGGCUCCAUGGUGGAAGUGAAUGAUCCGCCGCUUUACGGUGUGAUUCGCUGGAUUGGACGCAUCGAGGGGGUUUACGAGGUGGUGGCGGGCAUCGAGUUGGAGCAGGAAGUGUCGGCAGGAUCCGACGGCACCUACCUCGGCGAGCGCUACUUCCGCUGCCCGCCCAACAAGGGGCUCUUUGUCAAGCUCUUAAACUGUCGGCGGGAUUCCAGAUUCCCCGCUCCCGAAGCUCGUGUCAACCAAGUGGAGCGCUGCAACUCCAUAGCUUUUGCCGAGUGGGGUAGCGAGCGCGUGGAAGAUGACACUCUUCCCACCGAAGGCGACGAGGCCAAGGAACUCUAUCAGGGCUGGAAGAAAGGCAUCCAGGGUCACCUCAACUCCUGCUACCUGGACGCCACGCUGUUCAGCCUCUUCUCCUGCUGUAGCUCGGCGGACUGGUUGCUGUUCUGGCCCUCGGACGACACGCGAGCGGAUCCGAGCUCCGGUCAAGCUCAGGACCUGCUGCGCUGCGAGAUCGUCAACCCCCUGCGGAGGUACGGCUACGUGUGCGCCAGCAAGACCAUGGCCUUGAGGCGAUUGUUGGAGGCGGCCAAUCAAGACGCAGGCUUCACCAACCAGGAGAAAGAUCCGGAGGAGUUCCUCAACAAGCUCUUCCAGCUUCUCUGCGUCGAGCCGCUCCUCAAGAUCAGAUCGUUGUCUCAAAAGCCGCAGGAGUGUCACCUGUACCAGCUCUUCCCGCCCCACGUUCCUCGUUCGCCCUCUCCUGCAGACGCGUCCCUUUUGCUGCCCUCACCGUUGUUUAUGCCCUUGAAGGUCGCCAGCGUCCAGACCUUGCUAGAGUCCUCCUUCCUCCACGCCGGACUGAAGUUAGCUGAGGCUCCGUCCUGCCUCCUUCUGCUCAUGCCUCGCUUUGGAAAGGACUUUAAGAUGUUUGACGUGAUCUUGCCCACCCUCAGCCUGGACAUCACAGACCUUCUGGAUGACACUUUGAGGCAGUGCAGCAUCUGUCAGGCUUUAGCCCGGUGGGAAUGCGCCGAGUGUUAUGAAGACCAAGAAAUUACACCGGGACACCUCAAACAGUACUGCAACACCUGCAACGCUCAGGUUCAUAGUCACAGGAAGCGGACGUCUCACUGCCCAUUGGAGAUGAGCGUCCCCGAGGGAACGUGGAGUGGGCCCCUUAACUUCGCUCGCCAGCAGAUGUCUCUGUUUGCCGUGACGUGUAUCGAGACCAGCCACUACGUCAGCUUCGUCAAAUACGGGCCUCUGCCCUCCGAUUGGCUCUUCUUUGACAGCAUGGCCGACCGCCAAGGAGGUGAGAACGGCUUCAAUGUUCCCCUGGUGAGGCCGUGCCCCGAGGUGGGCUGCUACCUCAGCCUGUCGGAGGAAGAGCUGAGCAGGGUGGACCCCGUUUCCCUUCCAGAGCGUGCUCGCCGGCUCCUGUGCGACGCUUACAUGUGUUUGUACCACAGCCCCGAGCUCAGCCUGUAUAAGUGACAAGUACACCUCAUAAUGUCCCAUAAGCCUGAUGAUGAUAUAAUGUUUACUUGUUGACAACUGCCAUUUUAUCAUGUGUGAUGUCAUGUUUCACUGUCUCGAAUGUUUGCACUAAUAUAGCCAUGAUGUCCAAACUUGAA